UUGCUUUAAAAAUAACCGCCGCUGUCGAAUGAAAAAUAUUUCCAAUAGAUGGCAGUUAUAUGCAGCAAUUUGCUUGUUUUGGCUUCCGCUAAGGAAAAGUUGUUGAGAAUUGAAAUAUUGGAAGUACUAGUAAUUUUGCAUUCUUUCCAACAUAGUUAACAUGUGCACAGAACCAAGAAUUCAAAAAUGUGGUUACCGAAGCAGCCAGUGACAAGCUGAAUCACCAAUUUUUCCAGAACCAUGUCCGCAGACCAGCAGCAGUUCUUCUUAAAAUGGAACGAUUUCCAAACCAAUAUGGUUUCUUCAUUCAAGCACCUGCGUGAUGAGAAGAGCUUCACGGAUGUAACACUGGCAUGUGAUGGUCAGACCUGCAAGGCGCACAAGAUGGUUCUGUCUGCUUGUAGCCCCUAUUUCAAAUCACUAUUAGAGGAAAAUCCAUCAAAACACCCUAUCAUUAUCUUGAAGGAUGUCCCAUAUAACCACCUGCAAUCAAUACUGGAGUUCAUGUAUGCAGGUGAGGUUAAUGUGUCGCAAGAGCAGCUACCAGCGUUUCUCAAGACCGCAGACCGUCUGAAGGUGAAGGGCCUGGCUGAGGCUCCGCAGUCCAUAAAGCGAGAAGGAUAGGGGACACCGUCUGUCUGUCAGAUGUAACCGUGACACCAGCAGCGUAGCUGCCAGCUGUUUGCGGAUGACUGAAGGAGAUCUGGAGGUGUGUGUUAUUAUGUAUGAAGGUGGUUUAUUGUGUGAAUGGAAGUGCAACAUGAACAAGAAGCAGUUACAAAAACAAACACAUAUUCUGAUUACAAUGGUCCAGGAGAAUGAUUUAAUUUUUCAAAUGGAAAGAUGUCCAAACACAGUUGAAGCAUUUCAGAACAGCUGCAGAUACAACAAAACUGUAAAAUGUCCAACUGAUAAUAUCCUGUGUACAUACUUGUAUUAAAUCCUGUGAGCAAAGUUA